ACCAAUGGGGAACUGCACAUUGAAAAAAGAAAGAAGGGAAAACUUCUCACUUUUGCAAGAACAAAACCCUAAAAGCUUUGUAAUUUUUGAUAGAAUUUAUCACUUUUUACAAUCAAAUUAGAUUGUAUACAUGGACCCAUCAUCCAAAAGUGGAGAAAAGAACCGUGAGGGACCAAAAAUCAGAGAUCAGGAAAAGGAGGAAAUCGAGGAUCAGGGGUUGGAAUUGUCAGAUGAAGUAGUGAAUGAGGUUGGUGGAAGUUGGAGCAAUGAAGAAGAAGAAAAUGAAAUAUUUAACGAUGGUGGAGGUGCUAGUGGGGUCCACAAUGAGGUUGGAAUUGAAGAUUUAAAUAUUGUCACUAUAAAAAGUGGUAUGGUAGAACUAGUGUUAGAUGUCCCUAAUUUGUCGGAUAAUAAAGAUGAGGAGACUAUUGAAGCUAGGACAAUUUUGAGAAACCUCAUAGCUUCUCAAGGUAAACCCAGAACUGAGAAUGAACAAUCAGAAUCCAUCGUGGAAGUGGGAUCUUCUAGUAUUGCUAUUGGUGUAGUAGCAGAAAUUGAUAAUGGAGCAUUCCAAUCAGAUGAUGAUGUUAGCUAUAUUACAACAAGUGAUGAGGAUGACAGUGAAGCUGAACAUGGUAGAAGAAGAAAGGCUAUACAUCCGGUAUUUAGGGAAAAUGAAGAUUGGCCUGUGAUAGGUCUUGGGAUGAUUUUUAUUAUCAAGGAACAGUUUAAAAAAGCUAUUGACGAGUUGAGUUUUAAAGAAGGUGCUUCCAAGGCUGAAUAUGGCAUGCUAUUCAACUAUGCUAAUGAACUGAGGUCAAAAGAUCCAGAAGCAAACAUUGUUCUCCAUGCUCAUAGACCCACAGCAGAUGUUAACCCCACUUUUAUAAGAAUGUAUGUAUGUUUUAGUGCUUUGAAGAAAGGGUUUCUUGUUGGCUGCAGGCGUAUCAUUGGUGUUGAUGGUGCCUUUCUUAAAUGUGCUCACAAAAGAGAAUUGUUGACUGCAAUUGGAAGAGAUGCAAACAAUCAAAUGUUUCUGAUUGCAUGGCUAGUUGUCGAGGGACUUAUUCAAGCAGUUAAGGAGAUUUUCCCUUAUGUUGAGCAUAGAUUUUGUGCUAGGCAUAAAUACUGCAAUUUCAGGAAGAAAAACAAAGGCAAAGCAUUGCAAAUUGCGUUUUGGAAGACUGUUGCAAGAAGAGGAUUUAUUGAGUCCGAGUUUGUUGAUGAUUUUGGUCCUAAAAUAUGGGAAAAAAUUGUAGCUAAUGUCCAUGUAAGCAAGAGGUGCAGAUUAAUUUGGCCUGGUGGAAAUAACUAUGAAGUAAUGGAAGAUGGAACAAAUGGUUUUGUGGUUGACUUAGAGAACAGAAAAUGUACUUGCAAGUCUCGAGAUCUCAUAAGAAUUCCAUGCAAGCAUGCUGUUACAGUUAUUAAUGCCACCAAGCAAAAGGUGGAAGACUAUGUAGCCGAAUCAUCAAAUCCACUAGCAAACACUAAAGAACAGGUUCCAAAUUCUACUACUGUACAGCAACCUGUCCAACAACCUAUCCAGCAAUUGAUUCCUAUCCAGCAACCUGUCCAGCAACUCCCUCCUGUCCAACAACUUGCCCUUGUCCAGCAACCAAGCAAAAGAGACAAGCUCCCCAUUAGAAGGUCUUCAUCUUCAAAAGUUGCUCAAACCCCUCCUCUUGAUGGUACAUUAUCAAGUGAAGCAACUCUUGUCCCAAGUGGAGGGGAUACUCAAACUCCUAUCUAGCAUUAAAAAAAAAAAUGCCAAGAACCCAGCAAAAAGGCAAAAGCAAAAGGAAAUUUAUUAUUAAAUUAUUAUUGUAGCUUAUACUUUAUGUUUCUUAUAUGUUUAUGAAGUGUUAUUUUCAUAGACAUCCUUCCUAGAGUAAAAAAGGGAAAUUCUGGUAAUAAAAACAGCAUGUUAGU